UUAUCUUGCCUGCCUCCUACACACACAGAGCAGAGCUCAGGGUGCCUGCAGCAAAGUCCCCUGCUCCUGGAAUCAUGUUCCUGCUCUUCACAGCCCUCACUGGGCUGCUGCUUCUGCUUCCUUUGCUGGGGAUCUUCUUCCCUUACUGGUGGCAAGACCUGACCAUGUGUGUGGCCACCAUCCGUUUAGGAGUCAGGUGCCUUGUAUGCUUUAUCCGCCGCCCAGCAUUCACCAUGCUUGACAUGUUUUUGGAGAAGGUGAGAAGACAUCCCAAGAAACCUCUGCUGCUCUUUGGUGACCAGGUCUUUACCUACCAGGACAUAGACCGCCUCAGCAGCAAGACAGCCCGGGUACUGCAGGGAAGCUUGGGGCUGACAGAGGGGGACUCAGUGGCUGUCUUUCUGAUGAACAUCCCUGCCUAUGUGUGGGUCUGGCUAGGGCUGGCGAAGAUUGGCUGUGCCAUGGCCUGUUUGAAUUACAACAUUCGCUCCCAGUCCCUGCUCUAUUCAUUGGUCUCCUGUGGGACCAAGGUGCUGCUGACCAGCCCAGAUCUCAAAGCUGCCAUUGAAGAAAUCCUGCCUAGUCUACAGGAAAAAGGGAUUCGGGUCUAUUACCUGAGUGCUGAGUCCCCUACCCAGGGUGUGGAAGCCCUCCAAGGGCAGAUAGAGUCUGCCUCAGCAGAACCGCUGCCUGUUGACCUGCGAGCCAAGGUGACUGAGAAAUCCACAUCAGUAUACAUUUACACGUCAGGCACCACAGGUCUCCCAAAAGCUGCUAUUAUAACACAGAGGAAGUUGUUUCUCGUGGCAAGCAUAUUUGGUAUCUGUGGAGUCACGCCCAAGGAUGUGAUCUAUACCACACUUCCGCUAUACCACUCAGCUGCAUUGCUUAUUGGGAUUGGAGGAUGCUUGGAGGUUGGAGCCACCUGUGUUCUGCGCCCCAAGUUCUCUGUGUCCCAGUUCUGGGAUGAUUGCCGGCGAUACCAUGUCACUGUGAUCCAGUAUGUAGGGGAGGUGAUGCGCUACCUCUGCAAUGCACCAAAGAGGGAAAAUGAGCAAAACCACAAUGUGCGGCUGGCACUAGGAAAUGGCAUGCGGGUGGAGGUGUGGAAGGAGUUCCUCCAACGCUUCGGGCCUGUCUGCAUCUGCGAGUUCUACGGGGCGACAGAGGGGAACAGCGGGUUUGUGAACUACACAGGGAAGAUAGGAUCUGUGGGACGGGACAACCCCUUCUUAAAGAAAUUAGCUCCCUAUGAGUUGAUUAAGUAUGAUGUGGAACGGGAUGAACCUGUGCGGGAUGAAAGAGGUUACUGCAUUCGUGUCCCUACUGGUGAGGCAGGGCUCCUAGUGACAAAGAUUACCAAGGCCGCCCCAUUCAGUGGCUAUGUGGGAGACCAGAAGAAGACAGAGAAAAAGAUCCUCAGGGAUGUCCUGAAGAAGGGCGACCUCUACUUCAACAGUGGUGACCUCCUCUCAAUUGACCAUGAGGGCUUCGUAUAUUUCCAGGACCGGGUGGGAGACACGUUCCGCUGGAAAGGGGAGAAUGUUGCUACAACAGAGGUUGAGACAACCCUGGCAGCUAUGAAAUUCAUUCAAGAGGUCAACGUCUAUGGUGUUCCAGUGCCAGGACAUGAAGGGAAGAUUGGGAUGGCAGCAAUCCGACUGACGGACUCAAUGGCCUUUGAGGGUGAAGCACUUUACACCCACACCAAGGAUUACUUGCCAAGUUACGCCAUCCCUCGGUUCGUGCGCCUGCAGGACGCAAUGGAGAUCACAGGCACGUUCAAGCAGUGCAAAGGCCGUCUGGUAAAGGAGGGGUUUGACCCUACUAUCAUCAAGGACCCUCUCUUCUUCUUGGAUGAAUCAAAGAAGUGUUAUGUGCCUAUGAGCCAUGAGAUAUAUAAAGCCAUCCUCGAUAAAAAACUAAAGCUCUGAUCAGUCCUCUGUUGCCCUGGGUCACUAACAUAUAAACUGGUCUGGUGAUGCAGCUUAUACAGUGGAGAAGCCAAGAGGCCUGGAGCUGGGAAUUCUCAGGACCUAUCUGUGGAGGAUUAAUUGCCUCCCCGUCUGUUCAAAUCUGGUGCUAGGUGCAUGCUUUGUAACAAUGGUUUUAUAUCUUCUUCUUUUCCAGGGGAAUCUUGUAAAGAAUAUUUAGAUUUGUGAGAAAUUUUUUACGUGAUUUUCACCCCUGCCCUGCAUUGGAUAAAACAAAAUUACAUUUAGUGUUUUCCAUUUUGGUCAAGUAGAUUAAAAACUUAAUUUAAAUGAA